AGAAAUGGGAGCUACUGUUUCAUGAAACGUAUGAAAUGCGGAAAGAUUAGAUAAAGUGCAAAUGAACCUCCCGAAGAGAGGAUCUGUAGAAGAGCUCGGAACUGAGUUAUGCUCGCAAUGUAAUCAAUUCACCAAUAAAUUUUCUCAGCUGAAAUGUUGAAGAAAAUUCGUUUGUAAAAAUGGUCUUUGUAACAAAAAGAAGAAUAGUAGAUGUCCUAAUGGAUGCGAUAUCAAGAGGCAUAAAAAUAAGAAAAAAUAUGCCUCAGAGCCCUCCAAAUCAUGUCCCAAUUCUGAUUUUGUUUGACCCCGGUGAGAAGAAGUAUUAAGUAAAAACUGCAUUUGAGUCGAACGUGAUAAAACAGAACAGGAGUUUUCAGCUUCUUUAACGCUAAAAAGAGGCCAUACCGAUGAGAGUGUAGACCAGAAAACUAGUGCAUCAACACGCGGAUCUCAAAAAUUCGAAUCCGAGGUGGAUCAAGAUGAAAUGCGAAGAAUUCUGCUUUCGAAAACAAAAUCUUGGGCAAACUUCAAAUAGAUAUAAUGAAGGUCACCAAUUUAAAAGAUUCAUCUGAUUA